CCCGCCUCCGUGCGGAGGUCAGGAGUACUUCCGCGACGUCGGACCGGAGAGCGAGCGGCGGUGGCCGCGCAGGUGAUGUUGUAGUCAUGUCAGAUAAGGAUGCUACAGAGUCUCCAGUGGUAACUGAAGCAGCCUCCAUCCUUAAAGAUGAGAACUGUGAGCCAGUGGAGAAGCCGGAGAAUAAACCUCAGCCUGUAGUGUCCACCCGGAAAAGACCCGAGACCAAACCUUCCAGCGACCUUGAGGCUUCUGAGCUUCCUGCUCAGGUUUCACAGGCUGUAGCCAAACAGGAGACUGCUUCAAACGAUGCAGCUCAGACUGGAUGGGGUUAUUGGGGCAGCUGGGGCAAGUCUCUAAUCUCCUCAGCCUCAGCUACGGUAGCUACAGUAGGACAAGGUAUUUCAAAUGUCAUUGAGAAGGCAGAGACUUCUCUUGGGAUUCCUAGCCCCACUGAAAUUUCAGCUGAAGUCAAGCAUGCAGCAGGAGAAACAAAUGCCAGUGAGAAUGGAAGCUUACUAGUGGCUGGACCAUUCGGGAUGCUCUCGACCAUCUCCACAGCUGUGCAGAGCACGGGCAAGAGCGUUAUCAGUGGGGGUUUGGAUGCCUUGGAAUUCAUCGGGAAGAAGACAAUGGAUGUCAUAGCAGAAGGGGAUCCUGGAUUUAAAAGAACUAAGGGCCUGAUGAUCCGGACUUCUACGCUGUCACAGGUUUUACGAGAGGCAAAGGAUAAAGAAGAGCAGCGGCCUUCCAAUGAGGUAACCAUGGAAACAGACAAGAAAACUCACUAUGGGCUACUCUUUGAUGAGUUUCAAGGCCUUUCACAUCUAGAAGCUCUGGAGAUGCUUUCCCGAGAAAGUGAAAUAAAGGUAAAAUCUAUCCUUAGUUCUCUGAGUGGAGAAGAACUGCAGACAACUAGACUUGAGCUAGAACAGCUCAAAGAAGCAUUUUCCCUAGCAGAGUUCUGUGAGGAAGAGGAGGAGGAGAGACAAGGGGACGAAGAUUUUACCAAGGAGAUCACAGAACUGUUUGCCCAGCUUCAUGUCUCUUCCCGACCAGAGAAGCUUGCCAAGGCAAGAAAUACAGCCUACAAAUGGAUCAGAACAUCUCUGGCUAAGCCAGUAGCAGAGAAAGAAGAAGGAGAAAAGGAGUUGGAGGCAGAAAAUACUGAGGAGGCCCAGAAACGUUCAAUAGAGGAUAUCCACGCAUUUGCAAUCCGGAGCUUAGCAGAGUUGACUGCCUGCUCAAUAGAAUUGUUCCACAAAACAGCAGCAUUGGUUCUGCAUGGCCAGAAGCAGGAGGUGACAGCCUUAGAGAGGAGCCAGACUCUCUCCCAGAUGACAAUCAUGCUGUGUAAAGACCUGGCUUCUCUGUCUAAAGAGUUCACCACCUGCCUGACCACAGCUGGGGUCAGAGAGGAGACAGAUGUUCUUAAUCCAUUAAUCACUGCAGUGUUUCUAGAGGCCUCAAACAGUGCCUCCUACAUUCAAGAUGCCUUCCAGCUCCUCCUGCCUGUGCUGCAGAUCUCGGUCAUCGAGAGCAAGACAGAGUCACCCAGGUGUGAGCCACCAGCCCAGAGACCUCUGACAGCACUGAGGAGCACAGAAGAGUCCGCCUGAGAGCGGGAUAGCCAAGAAAUCUGACUUUGCUCAGGGACGCCCUGCAGCCAGAGCAAGACAUAGUGCUGUGUGUGAGAGCCCAGGCAGGGCUUCUCUACGUAGGACGCAGGCUCACAGUGGUGCCUGCUUCUCUAUACAGGGCGCAAGCUCACAGAGGUGCCUGGUUCUCUAUGCAGGGCGCAGGCUCACAGCGGUGCCUGGUUCUCUAUGCAGGGCGCAGGCUCACAGCGGUGCCUGGUUCUCUAUGCAGGGCGCAGGCUCACAGCGGUGCCUGUCUCUCUACUCAAUUGCUCACACUGCUCUUCCUGGCCUUAUAAGUAAUACAUUAUUUAAAAAAACAAAACAAAACUGUAUUUCAGGAAAGUCAGCGGGACAUUCUGGCAAAACUACUGGAUUUUCUUAGAAAGCUCAGAAGACACUAAAGACUGUCCUGAUGCCAUCUGCAGCCAGUGGUAAAAUUGUUAAACGGGAGAGAACAAAACCUUAGCUUGGUAUCCUGGGGUUUAUGACAUUCUUCGUACCCUGGGUUUUCUCCUUUCCAGAAUAAAGCUUGUGGCUUCUAGAGAACGGGGGCAGCAUAAGCCCUAAGUGAGAUGGUGGACAGGCUGCCUGCCCUUUCACUUUUAGAUGUUUGGCAUGGGCAUGGAGUAGACACUUGUAGCCAAGUGUUUGAACCACAGCAAAGUGCCCGUUGGCUUCAAACGACUUUUCCCAGUGAGACUGUGCAGCUGUGCAUCUCAGGUGCUCUGGGUCUCUUCAGACUGCGUCAUGCACACCCUGCCUGAGGCUGCAUUCAUUCCUGCAGGUGCAUUCUUCAGCUGCCGCCUCCAGAGCGGGAGCAGGCUCUUUUGGUGGUGGGCUUUUGUCGAGUCCUAUGAAGGUGUUCACUUAGAACAGGAUUUAGCCUCAGGCGUUUCCCCCUCAUUAUUUCUUUGUUUUAAUGUAUUUGUUAUUGUGCUUUGAGCAAAGCUCAGCUGCCAUCCUACGCUCGUAAGCCUUCUUUGCAAUUUUCAACAGUUAAAAGCUAUUUUGUUAUCCAGGCUUUUUGAAAAUGUUCGUUAACUUUGUGAUUUUUAGUGGCUCUGGUAACUUUUGAGAGCCCUGUCCUUCAUCUUUGAAAACCAUUACAAUAAAAUAUAAUUAUACCUG